AUGCCCGAAACGGAGGAAGCGCCAGAGGUUGUCGACGCAAGAUUGAAGAACACGAAGCUUAAUCGACGCACCGCGAAAGCCGCAUUGACGAGAGCCGGGAAAGCCCUGAACCACCUGAUAGAAGGACAACGGCCACGAGAAGAGGUAAGCGAAUCUCUUCUUUUAUAUAAGAAAACGUAUGAAACGUUAGUAUCGAAGCAUGAAGAAUAAACCAAUUUAAUUGAGAAUGACGAAGCAUUCACUGUAGAGGAACACUGGCUAGAAGAAUGUCAGGAAACAUUCAUGAAUUUGGAAACUAACGCGAAAUUGUAUAUCGAAAGUAAAUUAGAAAGUAAUGUCGAACAGUCAAGUAAUAAUGUAGAAGCAUGUACCAGUGUUACAAAUUUAGAACAGCAAAUGGACGGUGAAACAAGCAUGCAAAAUUCCGAUGGAAUUCCGACAAUGCAUGAGAAUACCUCUAGUAUCGUGAUAAAUACGUCGCCUGCGGCUCAGGCGCCUAAUUCUGUCAGCCCUGUUAAUGAACAUGUUCCAGCUGAUCAUGCGAACGAACAAAGACAGCAAAGCGCGAGUCAAACAUGUUGUCGGGAACUGACAGAUAAGAUUAUUAUUUUAAUUGAUUAUUAA